ACAUGCAAAUUAAUAUCCCAGAACACACACAGAUUCUUCCACACUUGUAAAAGGCAGCGGGAAGCGUAUUCCUCGUGAGUACUGCUGUCCCAGCAAACUCAAUAUACGCUAUUAUUACCUAUGCACCCCCCGCAUAUAUAUACGCACAGAGAGAGGGAGAAAAUAUUAUUAUUUUUUUGUGUGUGUGUUUUAGGAAGAGAGAGCCGAGAAAAUGAUGUGGGAAACUGGAGGAUCACCAGCAUCGUCUUCAGCAGCUGGUAUAGGAGGUGAUGGAGGCGGCGGCGGUGGUGCAGGGAGGAGGAAACCAUCCUGGAGAGAAAGGGAGAAUAACAGGAGGAGAGAGAGGUGGAGGAGAGCAAUAGCAGCCAAGAUUUAUGCAGGUUUAAGGGCACAAGGGAAUUACAAUCUGCCAAAACACUGUGAUAACAAUGAAGUCUUGAAAGCUCUUUGUGUCGAGGCUGGUUGGAUCGUGGAGCCUGAUGGCACCACUUAUCGUAUGGGAUGCAAACCACGUCCAAUGGAAAUGGGGGGCACUUCAACCAACAUCACUCCUAGUUCAUCCCGAAACCCGAGUCCACCAUCUUCAUAUUUUGCGAGUCCCAUUCCAUCAUAUCAACCUAGUCCGUCAUCCUCUUCAAUCCCAAGCCCAUCCCGGCAAGAUGCUAACUCAUCAUCGCACCCAUUCGCUUUCCUCCUCAACUCUCUCCCUUCAUCUCUCCCCCCUCUCCGAAUAUCAAACAGUGCCCCGGUAACACCCCCACUUUCUUCACCAACUAGGCUUCCUAAGCAAACUUUCACUUUGGAGUCUCUUGCCAAAGAAUCCAUGUCUGCCUUGAAUAUCCCUUUCUUUGCAGCUUCUGCCCCGGCAAGUCCUACUCGUGCUCAGCGUUUUACGCCAGCCACUAUACCUGAAUGUGAUGAGUCAGACACCUCUACUAUUGAUUCUUGUCAAUGGAUGAACUUCCAAGUCUGUGCAAAUGCAGCCAACAUGGUUCCAUCUUCUCCAACAUUUAAUCUCGUGAAACCCAUUGCAAACCAUGAUGGACCUUCCCAAGAUGUAGUGAUGUCAGAGAAGGGGAAAGGUAUAGAAUUCGACUUCGAGAAUGUGGCUGUGAAGCCAUGGGAAGGCGAGAGGAUUCAUGAGGUGGGAAUGGAUGAUCUUGAGCUUACGCUUGGAAGUGGGAACACCCGGGUGUAAGCGAUUAACGAAAAUAAGUGAAUUGUGCCAAAACGUUGACGAAAUCAAGAUUCUCUAAUGGCAAUCUGUGUUGCUCAAUGCAAAAGCACCGGCAUUACUGUCAAAUGUAAAGCCGCGCAAGGUAAAAGAAUUUGGACAUUGGACAAAGAUGGAGUUGAACCAAUUUCGUUUUUUAGGAUGGAUGGUUUUUCAGUUGGUUCUUUUAAUCCUUUAUUAUGUUUUACUGUUAUGAGGAUUAUUGUCUUCCGCUUUAAAUUAUUAGGAAAUAUCUUUUACAAGCAUUACUUGUAGAUAGUUGUCUUCUUCCUCAGUGUGAGCAAGAAUUGUCUUUUUUUCAUUGUAGGCUAGUGCGAAUUUAUCCAAAGUUAAAACUCUUUGUGGAUUUGGCUUUAUUUAUAGAUGCAUUUCAGUAUUUUUUUAA